UUACGCACAAACAAAAUUGUAAACUAUGCAGGUCCUCUCAAUGUUCAUUCACAUGUGGGACAUGCUGUGUUGAAGUUUUGAAGUCUGCAGCUUUUAAUGUAUUCGUGACUCCCCUCCUGGGGCAAUGUUUUACAAGUGUGCUUCAUCUCAUAUAUUUUUUCAAGUUUUCAAUUCAGCUGUUGGCUUUAGCCCAACUCAGCCCUGAGCCAGAGCGACUGACACAUUAUGAUCCCGCCCGUCCUGCAAGUGCCAACGAGGGAAAACACAAGCGUACUGUAUCUGUUUCUUUGUGUCAUCAAGUCCUGCACAUGUUGAUGCCUGUGUUCCAAGAAUAGAACCAAGGGUCACAGUGCUGAGUGGCUUUCCACAAACUGACCAACACACACACACAUUCGAGAGUCGACAAGAACGUCCCAUUAGUUGUAGACGCAGUAUGUUUUCACAGUAGGAGGGCACAUAUUCCUCUCGUUCGGGGCCAUGGGGGCAACAUUCCCAUGGAUUCCAUAUUACAAGCACAAUACCCUAAAUGAACAUGUACUCAACACUGUGCAUGGAUGAUUAAAAUUGAAUGGUAGAAGUACAUCAUGGUAGUUUUUUUACACUCUUUGGGCAUCUGUGAUUUUUAUCCCUGAGAAUAAUCCUUUGAAAAUGAGUGACAUAAAAUAACACUAAUAAAUGCAAUAAAUUGCAAAUUGACUGGAUAUAGUCCUAUAGGCCUAUACACAUUUAUGUAUGUAUUUUUAUCAUACUUGAUGAACACAUCUUUUUGUCAAUUCAUGCAAAUGAAAUGGUCAUUUUUAAUCUAUAAAAUGCAUGCACGAAGCCGUUUAGGCAUAAAUAACGAGACCAACAGCAGUUGUCGAUAGACAUUUGCACAUGGCCAUGUCCUUUGUCAGUAAAUAGAGGUUGUAAAGAAAACCAGGUAUAGCUUUUACUGACUGCAUACAUGAAAACGUAACCAUGUCGACCGAGAGUGUGUGUGUGAGUGAGUGCGUAACUGUUCUUCAAAGAGACUGUUUGUAAUCAGCUGUCAAAGCAUGCAAAGAUCUCAUUGUAGCCACUGAGAGUUGAGCUAUGUGCUGGGCAGGGAAAAGCUCUCAGGUCCCCUCGGUAUGUUCAUCCAAGCAGUGGCAGUGGCAGUGGCAGUGGAUGCGAACAACAUACUGUAUUGACAUCCUCAGCUUCGCUGCACUCUUAACUACAAGGUGUUUGAAGAGUUCUGUCUACGUAUUUUCUUUGUUGUUCUUACGAGUGGGCUAGAGAUGAUGGAGUUGGGCCUCACUGACGGCAGCCUGAUUGAUGAACUGAUGGUGCUAACAUCCCAGAGCCUCACCCAACUGGAGAUCCAAGAACACUUCAACGUCAUCAAAGAAAUUGGUCGAGGAAAAUAUGGCAAAGUGCUCCUGGUCACACAUCGUUUCAGGGGGACUCCCAUGGCUUUGAAAGUCAUGCCGAAAUCCUCAACAAAGCUGCAGGGAUUCCUGCGAGAGUACUGCAUCUCCUUACAUCUGUCCUGCCACCCCUGCAUCGUGGGUCUCUUUGGCAUCGUCUUUCAAUCUAAUGAGCACUACUGCUUUGCCCAGGAGCUUGUCAUUGGGAAGGACCUAUUUGCUGUCAUUCAGCCUAAGGUGGGUAUCCCCGAGUCGGCCGUUAAACGUUGUGUCGUCCAGAUUGCCAGCGCUUUGGAGUUCAUCCACAGCCGAGGCUUGGUCCAUAGAGAUGUUAAACCUGAGAACAUUCUCCUGUUGGAUCAUGACUGCUGCCAGGUCAAGCUGGCUGACUUUGGUCUGGCCCAGAAGAGAGGCACUCUGAUCAGUUCCAUCACAGGGACCCUGCCUUACAUGGCUCCUGAGCUUUGUAACGUUGCUCUCCAAGAGGGCCAGAAAGAAGUCACUGCCCCUCCACUGAAAGUGGAGCCAAGUUUAGACACCUGGGCCUUUGGGGUGCUUAUAUUCUGCAUCCUGACGGGCUACUUUCCUUGGGAGUGUUGCAGAGACUCAGAUGACUGCUACCAAGAGUUUGCUGACUGGUCAAGAUUGGGUGAGAAUGCCAACACUGAACAGGACAAUAAUCCUCAAUUGUGGCAGAAGUUCACUCCAGAAGCCAUGGAGUUGUUCACUAAGCUCCUGGCUGUGGAUGCAGAAAAGAGAUGCACCGAAGGGGUGGUGGGAGACUAUGUAGGCAAGGCCUGGCUUAAAAAGAAACAUGGAAUGGAGCAGCAGAAGACAGUAGAAAAAGACAAAGAAUAAUCCUGGACAUAUAAUACAAUUUCCAUUUGCACCAUGUGUUGAAACCAUGUACAUCUAUUGAACAUCAGUCCCUAAGUAUAUUUGAAAAUGACUGAAUGAUUUAAACAACAAUGAUUUGUCCUUUGACUUCCCAUUUCAAAACAUGCAACGACUGAAAUUAUUGUGUCAGGUUUGUAUCAUUGGACUUACACUAAGUUGCAUCUAUUAAAAUGAUUGUACACCCUAAUUUAAAUUCAAAUUCAAUUCUUGUUUGUACACGUGUAUACUUUGUAUGUGUUUUCCUUUAACAUGAAAAAGGUUCAAAAAAACUUUGCCACGUUUUUGUUUCACUCAUUUAAAAGUAAACCAGUGCACUUUUAAACGACGUGAUAUGAAGGGAACCCGGGCCAGAAAUAUUUCACAAGUGUAAUAAAUAACAAGGCCAAAGCCCUGCAGUAUGCAAA